AUGAUAUAUGCCACUGAAUAUUACACCGAAUAUGAAAUAAAAAAUGAAACGACUGCUGUUUGCUGUGAUGGUUUCCAAGAGCAAAAUGAAAGGUGUGAGCCUGUCUGCCUGAAAAACUGUGUCUUCGGGGAAUGCGUGGCGCCAGACAUCUGCAAAUGCAAUCCAGGAUGGAGUGGAAACCAAUGCAAUGACGCGGUUUGCAGUGAGGGGUGUAAACAUGGCGUAUGCGCUCAUCCGGAAGUAUGUGGAUGCGAAAAUGGUUGGUAUGGAAAAACUUGCGAUCAAGCUGUCUGCACAAAAGGCUGUAUACACGGGGAAUGCAUCGAGCCGAACAAUUGCAAGUGUAAUCCAGGAUGGAGUGGAAACCAAUGCAAUGACGCUAAUUGUACUAUAGCAUGUGACCAUGGUGUGUGUAUUGCGUCUGAAACUUGCAAAUGUGAAGAUGGUUGGCUUGGAAAAACCUGUAACGAAACAUGUCGGAAAGGAUUUUAUGGUUCUGAGUGCUCACAUAAAUGCGACUGCGAGAACUUUGAUGGCUGCGAUCCGACAUCAGGACAAUGUUAUUGUUUAGAUGGCUUCGUGGGUAAUCGCUGCACCGAGCAAUGUCCUCUAGGCACUCACGGUCGUAAUUGUGAAGAGGUAUGCAGUUGUGAGAACGGCGGAAAGUGUAACCAUAUCGAUGGAAGUUGUGAAUGUUCCAAAGGUUUUGUGGGUAUUCAUUGUCAGGACAAAUGCCAAGCUGGCUUCUAUGGACACAAUUGUAGCAACGAAUGCUUUUGCAAUACAUCCACAAGCAAAUGCGACCCCAUCAGUGGAUCUUGCAAAUGCUUUGAAGGCUGGAUUGGCGAAACAUGUGAUCAAAGAGUUGAGAGCAGCAUGUGGGGAUCCCAGUGUGACGCUGCAUGCAAAAUUAAGUGCAAAAGUGGAUCAUGUGACAUCGUCACCGGAGAAUGCAUUUGCGAGCCUCAAGGGAUUCAAACUAAUUCUUCGAAACUUUCAGGAACUCUCCAGGACAAUGUAGGAGUUACUGCUGCAAUUGGGGGCUCUGUAGCUUUCCUAGUGAUUGUUUGUAUUGUAUUGACCGUCUUUCUAUUGUGGAAACGAAAGAGGAAAAGGGAAGUGCCGAAAACGAUACCUGAAACAUCUGAGUCAUUGUUUCCAGGUAGAGCUUCAAAAACAGAGUCUGAAAGUGAUGCACUGAAAGAUACGUGGACUAUUUGCACAAGAGGCAAAAAUCUUUAUGAGAAGGCAAAGAGGGAAUCUUUAGCAGAAAUGAUGGCAAAAGAAAAACCAAGUACAUACUUUCAUGGUUCCUCCUCAAAUAUAUAUGAAGAUAUUAUCUAUAAACCGGUAAAUUUGCACCCGGAAGAUAAUGUAUAUGAAAAUGAUGGUGUAAGGCUAAACACGCAACAUAACCCAACAUACGAUACCCCUUCACUAGGUACCCCGACACUACCGAGGAAGAAGAAGGAUGCUAUUGAUCUUCACGAAUUGAUUGAAUACUGUGAUCCUAAAAAAUUUGGAAACAGGGUAUCUGCUUUAGAAACCUAUGAUACUCCGAAAAGCUCGUCAACUGGAGCUGAAAAUAUGAAUUCUGAGACACAGGAAGAGCUCGACGGUGAAUGAACAUGUCUAGUGAGGCGCUAAAAUUGUUCUGGAAAGUUGUGCUGUGUUCCUUGUUGUAUUUCCAAAUUGGUUCCAUAAGACUGAAAAAUAUUUUAACUAAUGAUAAAGAAACCAAAACCAUGUGGGAUCAAGUUAAAUUAGUUUUCUGUCUCGCAUUGAGAUUUCACAAGCUACAAAGUAUGUCUCAGGGAAAGGAAUAAUAUUUGUGUAGCAUUUCAGAGAUUCGCAUAAAUAAUUCUUUCUGUUUUAACGUAGCAGAGCAGUGAACGCAUCAGCAGCUGUGGAAAACAAAAGAAAACUUGUAAAUAGGAGGUUUGACGCCUGCUCUGAUAGAUCAAAAUUACAUCAGAGAUUCACUUACAAUUUACUUUUGAACAAAAUUGUGACACGUGCGUGCAUGUUUGCGGUAGUACUUCUAGCAAAACUUCAGCUAAUAUUUGUUUAGUAAAUCACAGCAUUUAAAAUUAGAUUUGUCAGUUUUUGCUGAAAGGCAGAUUGGUAAUAAAAUAUACUUGUAUUCGUAUGCAUCAAUAUUGCAGUAAAAAGUAUAAACUGCAAAUAAUUAAUAUUUUCUAACACUGUUCUUUGUUUGUAACAUACUUCAUGUUUUGCUCUCGUAAUAAGGUUUUUUUCAGAUAAUUUUAUUCCUUAACUCCAUCGAUAUAUUAAAAGCUGUUGAAAGAUGGAGAAAUGGCUUCAAUUGACAACUUUUUCUAAUAAAAUCUGAAAUGCAAGUAAAUCAAUUUUUCAUGAAUAAUUAACUUGGAUUUCAUGGAAAUUGUAUGCUUAUGUUCAAUUCACAAAAUUAUGUAUUUAGAAUUAAGCUUUUAACUGACAUUCUUGUUAUUUUAAUUGUAAUAACUAACUAAUUUCAUGUUUAAUGUGUUAAAUCUAUAGAAUUAUCUUUAAUAUUCAAGAAACUAAAAAAUAUUUACACCUCUCCCUCUCUCUUUUUCUCUCAAUAAUAGAAUUUAAAAGAAAUUUUUAAAAAUGCAGGUUUUUAGAGAGCAAAAAAUAUCACUUUUUAAAAAUUUUAUUUUGUCAUUAACCUUUUUAUAGGAUUGUAGCAAUACUUACAGAAAGAAAAUGGUUUGAGUCUAAGUAUUAUUUUGAAUAUCAUUUAUGUGAAAAAAAAAAAAAGUUUUUUUCUAUAGAAUUUAGUUGUUUACAUACUCUAAGUUCAAACAGAAAAGCAUUGUCCUCCUACUAUUACGCAGCAAAUAAUUUUCACUGUGCCUUAUGUUUAUCAGUAAGGCAAAAUCUUGUUAUAUUGUGCUUUUAUUAUUGUUAUCAUUAUUAUUAUUUUUUUACUAUGCUCAUUAUUGAAAUAUUAUGGAAUACCUUUUCAGUUCUAUAUGAAUUUGCGCAUUUAUGAGAAAUGUAAUGAUAGCACAAAUAAUGAUAUUUUCAUACGUAUGUCAAUGCUUAAUAUGCAAGUGUAGGGUAUCAGGGAACUCUAUUCUGAAGGACACACACACACACACAAGUUAGAAUAAAAAAAACCUAUUAGAACACCGGAUCCAAUAAGUUUUUGUAGUGAUGCGCCAGUCUUGUCUUCCUAAAUUAGAAUGCAGAUAUUUUUAGAUCCGUUUAGUUCUUACAUCGAUACUUUUCUCUUCAUUGUUCUCAGGAAUCUGUAUUAAUAGUUGUGCUUAAAAGGUUAAUUUUUUCCUUUCACAGUGCGAAAGUUAUUGACAAGGAGAAAAAAUGUUUUUGUACUCUUACAUUUUAUUCAUUUGUGAUUGUUUUGCCAAGUGUUCAUUACGUAUGUUUGCUACUUUUUCCAGUCUUUCUUAAUGUUUUAUGUAAUGUUUAGUAUUGUAUGACCCAAUAGAGUACACGUUACUAUUGGAUCAAAACAAAGCAUACAUUUUUGAGUGUUGCUUAUUUUGUUUGUAAUCAACAUAUUUCUUUUGUUC